GCGCCCCAGAGCGGUCGCGUGGCCCGCUGGUGAUUGUAGUCAAUCUGGCCGUAUUCUCACGGUCGCCCCCAGCCACGGUCGCCGGGGGUGUACUACAUCUCCCGGGAUGCUCCGCGGUCCCUCCGCGAACGGUUGUGAAUAUGUAUCAGAAUGUUAAUGAUUAGCUGCUGCUAAAUUUGGUCAAAGAAGUCACCUACACAGAGCGUGUUGUUAGAGCUGUUCUGAGCGGGUGUUUGGGCUGUUGGCUGCUUUCUUCCCCCUCUCACACACUUGUAUAUUAUUUUGAGGUGGUGUUCGCAGAGUUUGAAAGGAGAGAGAAUUAAAAAAAAAAGCCGCAAGCGUUUCACUCUUUUAUUUUUAUAAUCCCCUUCAAUUUGGGGUUAAAAAAAAGACAAGAAAACAGGAAGGAAGAAAAAUAAGGAAAUGAGAUGUGGUAAAAGAAGCUAAAAGGUGCCUUUUAAAAGAUCGUUGCCGUGAAGUGAAAAAAUCUCCAGAGAAACCAAAAAGCACCGUCGAGACCUCUUCCGAACCAAAGGAGUUUGUGUUUGCUUUUAGGGAAGAAGAAAGAUUAUUCAUUCGGAGGAAUAACAACCAAUUAAAAGACAAAUAAAAAAAAGUUUGGAGUGGGACGAGAGCGAGCGAGCGGCGGGCGGCGGGGCGCGGAGCUCGCACUUUCCCGGCCGGGUGAGCGGCGGCCGCGGUGCCGGGCUCGGCGGGCGCGCCUCGGCGGAGCGAACGGCGGAGCGUUGCCGCGGGAGACGCGCGCCGGACAAUGCCCGCGGCGGGCCAGUGACGCCCGCGGGGAAUGCGGAGCGGCCCGGCCGCCGGCACCCAGCCGCCGCCGCCGCCGCGCGUUCCUGCUGCCCGCGUCACGCGAGACCCGGCGGGGGCCGGGACCGCCCGAGCCUCCCCUCGGACCCUGCCGGCCGCCUCCGCCGCCGCCUCCUCCUCGGGGCCAUUAAAGCCAAUGAGCCGCGCGCUUCUGCCUAGCGCAGCCAACUAAAUCGGUUUGGAUGAUUCGCGACCUGAGCAAGAUGUACCCGCAGACCAGACACCCGGCACCACAUCAGCCUGCUCAACCCUUUAAAUUUACAAUUUCCGAAUCCUGUGAUCGGAUUAAGGAAGAGUUUCAGUUUUUACAGGCUCAGUACCACAGUCUGAAGCUGGAAUGUGAGAAACUCGCCAGUGAGAAGACGGAGAUGCAGCGGCAUUAUGUCAUGUAUUAUGAAAUGUCCUAUGGGUUGAAUAUAGAAAUGCACAAGCAGGCAGAGAUUGUCAAGAGGCUGAAUGCUAUCUGUGCACAAGUCAUUCCUUUCCUGUCCCAAGAGCACCAGCAACAAGUGGUGCAGGCUGUGGAACGGGCCAAGCAGGUGACCAUGGCAGAACUGAACGCCAUCAUUGGGCAACAACUCCAGGCCCAGCAUUUAUCACAUGGACAUGGUCUGCCGGUGCCUCUGACUCCACACCCUUCGGGGCUUCAGCCCCCUGCCAUUCCACCCAUUGGUAGUAGUGCCGGGCUUCUGGCCCUCUCCAGUGCCCUGGGAGGUCAGUCCCACCUUCCAAUUAAAGAUGAGAAGAAGCACCAUGACAAUGAUCAUCAAAGAGACAGAGACUCCAUCAAGAGCUCUUCGGUAUCCCCAUCAGCCAGUUUCCGAGGUGCUGAAAAGCACAGAAACUCCACAGACUACUCCUCUGAGAGCAAAAAGCAGAAAACUGAAGAAAAGGAGAUUGCAGCUCGUUAUGACAGCGAUGGUGAGAAGAGUGAUGACAACUUGGUGGUUGACGUUUCCAAUGAGGAUCCAUCUUCCCCUCGAGGGAGCCCAGCACAUUCCCCAAGAGAGAAUGGCCUGGACAAGACACGCCUGCUCAAGAAAGAUGCCCCGAUUAGUCCAGCCUCUAUUGCAUCUUCCAGCAGUACUCCUUCCUCCAAAUCCAAAGAACUUAGCCUUAAUGAAAAAUCUACUACUCCUGUUUCAAAGUCCAAUACCCCUACUCCACGAACUGAUGCACCUACCCCAGGCAGUAACUCCACUCCUGGAUUGAGGCCUGUACCUGGAAAACCACCAGGAGUCGACCCCUUGGCCUCGAGCCUAAGGACCCCGAUGGCAGUACCUUGUCCAUAUCCAACCCCAUUUGGGAUUGUGCCCCAUGCUGGCAUGAAUGGAGAGCUAACCAGCCCCGGAGCUGCCUACGCUGGGCUGCACAACAUCUCCCCUCAGAUGAGCGCGGCUGCAGCCGCCGCCGCCGCUGCUGCCGCCUACGGGAGGUCACCGGUGGUGGGGUUUGAUCCGCAUCAUCACAUGCGUGUGCCAGCAAUACCUCCAAACCUGACAGGCAUUCCAGGAGGAAAACCAGCGUACUCCUUCCACGUUAGUGCAGACGGCCAGAUGCAGCCCGUCCCCUUUCCCCCCGACGCCCUCAUCGGACCCGGCAUCCCCCGCCACGCUCGCCAGAUCAACACGCUCAACCACGGGGAGGUGGUGUGUGCAGUGACCAUCAGCAACCCCACGAGACACGUGUACACGGGCGGGAAGGGCUGCGUCAAGGUCUGGGACAUCAGCCACCCUGGCAAUAAGAGUCCUGUCUCUCAGCUCGACUGUCUGAACAGGGAUAACUACAUCCGCUCCUGCAGAUUGCUCCCUGAUGGUCGCACCCUAAUUGUUGGCGGGGAGGCCAGUACUCUGUCCAUCUGGGACCUGGCGGCUCCGACCCCGCGCAUCAAGGCAGAGCUGACGUCCUCGGCCCCCGCCUGCUACGCCCUGGCCAUCAGCCCCGAUUCCAAGGUCUGCUUCUCGUGCUGCAGCGACGGCAACAUCGCCGUGUGGGAUCUGCACAACCAGACGCUGGUGAGGCAAUUCCAGGGCCACACAGACGGAGCCAGCUGUAUUGACAUUUCUAAUGAUGGCACCAAGCUCUGGACGGGCGGUUUGGACAACACUGUCAGGUCCUGGGACCUGCGAGAAGGGCGCCAGCUGCAGCAGCACGACUUCACCUCCCAGAUCUUUUCUCUGGGCUACUGCCCAACCGGAGAGUGGCUCGCAGUGGGGAUGGAGAACAGUAACGUGGAAGUGUUGCAUGUCACCAAGCCAGACAAAUACCAGCUACAUCUUCAUGAGAGCUGUGUGCUGUCGCUGAAGUUUGCCCACUGUGGCAAAUGGUUUGUAAGCACUGGAAAGGACAACCUUCUGAAUGCCUGGAGAACACCUUAUGGGGCCAGUAUAUUCCAGUCCAAAGAAUCCUCAUCGGUGCUUAGCUGUGACAUCUCUGUGGAUGACAAAUAUAUUGUCACUGGCUCUGGGGAUAAGAAGGCCACGGUUUAUGAAGUUAUUUAUUAAGGACAAAUCUUCAUGCAAACUGGACUCCUUCUCCUUGUAGCACUUUGCUCUAUCAUUUUUUUUUUUGUUCACCCCCUGCCCUCGCAUCUAAAACCAAGGAUUUCAAAUACUCAUUGCAGUUGUGAAGUUUAAUCCCCUCCCUUGACCCAACUUCCUACUUGCUGUUGAAUUGUGAAUACUCAUUAAAACCUGUGAUACCAAAUCUUCAGCUAUCUACUUGGAAGAACAUGGAAUAAGCAUACUUAACAGUGAACGGAAUCUUUAAUUAUGUAUUAUAUCUGUAAUAUAUUUAUUUUGUUUAAAGAAGGCUUUCUAACAAUGACUGACUAAAUAAAGCUGUCUGCUCCUGCAUUGAUAAUGAAGGUGCGUUGUAUUUGAUACCCCUCCCCCCUUUUUUUGGCAAAGGAGGGGAAAGGAAGGUUUAAAAUAAUUGAUUAAAAAUGUCACUAAAUGUAGACUAAUAACUAUAUAGAGAUGUGAAAUGUAUAAUUAUACAUGGAAGCAAUAUGUUGCUGUGUUAUUAGGUUUUUUGUUUUUGUUUUCUACUUAUUUCAAAGAUGUUUGGAAAUUUGGCUGAACAAUUAGAACAUGACAGGCCAAGUCAUAUUCAUUUGGGUCUAUUUAGACAACUUUAACCAGUAUAUCUAUAGCUUUAGAUGAUAUUUGAUAAAAGUCAUUGGACUUUUUUCUUUUUUCUUUUUUUGACUUGUUGACAAGUGUCUUUGUAAUAUGUUUUUAGUUCCCUUUUUUAUUGUAUUAUAGACAGAUGAACAAAUUAAAUUGGCCUCAAAGAGAGAACUUAAUCCCUUCUGGAUAUUUUUGCCACGUUUGUUUGCAAAGGGAGAUAUAUAUCUUUGGGCAGUUUUGUUAUUACAGAAAUUAUGGCUAUUUUGUGGCAUGCUCUUUGGGAGCUGCACAGAUACGGGGAAGGACUCCCACCGCUGGGCAAGUCAAGUCUUUUACAAAACAAGGACAGUGGAGGAGGGUUUGCAGAGACCUCCCUCUGAAAAACACAAAGAACGGACUCUCCUGGGAUGAGGACUUGCUUUCUUUACCUCCGGUUCUUUCCAUGUCUUAGUUGGAUGUCCCUGAAAUGGACACAGGCUGUGCCAUUGUGCCAGAAACAUUGUGUUAUCUUUUAUGUUGUUGUUGUUGCUGUUAAAACUAUAAUAUGUGACUCCUUUUUUUAUUAUUAUUUUUUUUUUGUUUGAAUGCUUUAAAAAUCUUUUAAGUCUGUGGAUCUGCUGAUGUACAGUGCCUUUGCUGCUAUGGAUCAAAAUCAAAAGAACCGUGUAGAUAAACUUUAUUGUAUAAGUAGAAAAUUACUUAAUUUCAUACUAGAAAUGGAUGGAUGCUGCAAGUUGAAAUGGACUGUCCAUUGACGUUCCUAAUGUGGUAGCAGAAAAAAAAAAUGGUGUCUUAAGUGCUUAGUGUUUGAUGUCAUUAACAGUUUCGUAAAACUCUACAGUGUAGAAAGAUUUUGAUACUAAACUGUGCAUUGUACAUAGUUCUAAUGCAUUGUAUUGACCACCAGUACUUCUAUAAUGGUAGAUUGUUUGUGCAUUCAGACUUUUAAGCAUUAAACAUACAUAACUUCUAGUA